ACGAGCAGUGUAAACACAACGCGACGCGGUGGUGAACGUGUGGAUUGUUUACAUUUCGCGUAAGAUCGGGCAAACAUUGACUUCGGACACUCUCCACACAUUUCACCGAGCUCUCGUCGGCACCGCGUUGAUUCCCGAACUCCUCGAUCGCAUCGUGUCUACGCGAGUGUCAGUCUGUAUAACAAUACAAGUGUCAGUGAACCAGUGCCAGUGACCGGAAGCACAGAGAAACCAGAACUUUGAGCCAGGAUGGAGAUGCAGAAUACCAGGACAUUGAGACAUCAUGGAUGGUAUAAGGAUAUCAGCAUGAGCUUCUGCCCACGGAGACGCUUUCGCAUCACUCCUAUGCGAGUACUAGCGGCGUUCUUUCUCAUGGUCGUGCUCUUCUGGUAUAGCCUCAGUCGGCAAGAGAUUCCGCGGCAACCAUGUAGCGUGCCCGAGGAGUUCACCGAGAAGUUGCACGAUCUCGCUUACAGGGCGCACUUGGUUCUAACCAAGUUGGGGAUCGUUCACUUUCUCUGCCUGGGCGGACUUUGGGGUCAAGUCCGAAUAGGCCGUGCGCUGCCGUGGGCCCGCAAGGUAGAGCUGUGCCUGGUGGACACGCUCAGAGACGACGUCUUGAUCACGAAAGCCUUCCGCGAGGUCGGCCUGAGCGCAACCUACCUUCACGCGGCGGGCAUCUACAGGAUACAAGAGCACGAGGUCGGCGAGGAUGCGCCCAAGGUGGAGGUGGUGGUUUUCGAGGAAGACGCGGUGACUCAGAUGGUGAGAAGAGUCGGCUGGACCAGGAGGGUCCUACCUCCGGACUGCGAGUUCUCGCCGAGCUUACAGUGCUUCCCGCCGCAACUGGUAAUACCUCCCUUACCGGCGAAACAAUUUGGCGGCCGACUGAUGCCCGUGCCUCGGGAGGGCAUAGAAUUACAAAAGUAUCAUUACCCCAACGACUGGUGGCUGGAGAUCAAGCCCACCGACUGUGCGGAGUCGCAGGAUGCGAACGUAUAGCGCAAUCUCGGCCCUCGGCUCGAGCGCACGCUCGACGGACAUUGUUUCUCAUCGACGAUUCGACCGACGCGACAGGUGCAAUCGCGAUGUUACGUUUACUUCCGAACAGUGGCCAGGUAUGAGGGAACGAGUCGUCGGACAAGUGUCGAAAGAGGUUGUCGUGGGACUUUUGGGACGUUUAAACACUCCGUUUAAACGUCCGCGGUUGAACGGAGGAGGCGACGAUAACGGCACCGAGAGGCUCGAGUGAUUUGAUCAAUUAUCAGUUGCAGCUUCGAUCUCGGUUCCAAAGUUGGCCGACGUCUAACCGGCGCCGGUGGCGCGACCGCUUUGAAGAUUACCGCUUUUGCGUAGAGGAGCUCUUCGAGAAAUUCGCUGUAUUCGUAAGAUGAAGUCUAACAAGUAGCGUAUCGCCUUAGGUAGCGAGCGACUGCUAAUCGUCGUAGCGAUUGCACACAAUUAGACAAUUACGAGUAUAUAACUCUCUCUCUCUCUCACUCUCUCUCUCUCUCUCUCUCUGUCGAUUAGAGUCAACGUCAGCUUUUCGCCCCGUUCCUAAGAUUCUUCUAUCAUUGCCAUAUUACCACUUCUUCCAUUUUUAUACCUCGUACUUUUUUACAUUGUUUCCCCGCGUGUCGAUUUCGUGUCUACGGUUGAGUGAGGAUUUUUAUAAGCCAAAAGUUUUUUAACAUUUACUACGAACGGUCAAAAUAUGCGAUUGAUUCGAUAUUUUUGAGGUGCUUCCCAUUUCUAUCGAGGAAUAUCGAAAAUCUUGCGACUUUUUGAGCUGGGAAUCUUCAAAAAGCAUUGGAUUGAAGUUCGUUCGCACGUUUUAAAGUGCAAGGUACUAUAGUUUAUCGUGAAUUUACGAUAAGAGGUACGCUAGUUGAAAUGCACAGUUUGCUUCAUUCACUUCCUCGUGCAAUUAUUUACGCUUUUUAUACGAUGAAAUAUGAAUACGAUGAGUCUUCGUGAAACAGCAUGCUUCGUUUGAGUGAUUGAAAAUAGGUAACUGUUACUCUCGAAUAAACCAACUUGUCGCAGUUUAUCGUAUAAGCUAGGAAGCCAUAAUUAAUAAUUCAGGUCAGAGAAGAAUGUUGUGCAAUAAUGAAACGUACGUGUUAUUACAACGUUCUCGUACGAGAUGUCUCGUGCGAGCGCACAGAUCUAUGCGUGCAAUUUAGAUGUGUGUAUGUGUGUGUGUGUGUGUGUGUGUGUGUGUGUGUAUGUGAAUGUAAUUAUAACAAUACGAUUACUGUAAUGUUGUAGUUACGCCUAUAAAAUCUUUAAGCGGAUUGAGUAAAAAUCUACAAAAGAUA